AUGGCCGCAGGCGAAGCCAGCUUGGCGUCAGAGCUACUGAGCCUAAAGAAGGCGCUUCCAAAGACCCCACCUAGCGAGCUAGGGAAGAGCGACACCUUGUCGGACAGUAUUCGCCUCGUCACGCAGAAGACGCUACCGGGACAUCAUCCAGACCAGCUAGCCUUGCUGCUAGUUCUGCUCAAGCAGCUCAGGCAAGCUGUCCCCCUUGGUCCCAGCGCCGACCGAAGCGCCCUGCUCGAUGUCAUCCAAGACACCCUCGGUCCCGCCUUUCUCCCUGGCGGUAGCAUCGCAGAUCUCCUUCUGCUCAAUUUCGAGCAUUCGAUGAAGGCGCACCAGUUCCGAGCGCUCGAGUGUACCCAUGCGGUAGCUCGGCUCGCCUCCGCCCUUUCGGAAAGCGGUUCCGGGGUCAUCUCGCUCGAGCCGCUCUUCCUCGUUGGCUAUCGGUCGGGGAUGAUCAACAAGCCAAGCUUGCUGAUCGUCAGCAAUCUUCUGGAGGCUGUUUCUGAGUCGGCAGUCCCGGAGGACCUGCUCCCGGCGAUGCUGGACGGUCUGAAAUUGCCGGACAAUGGGACAUUACGUGCGGGCAUCAUCGUCGGUAUACUCGAAAAGCGGCGAUCUGGCCCCACGCCGUUGUCUGAUCAAGACAUCGUCCAUCUCGUCCUACCUCUACUCGGCUCGUCCACCUCGACAAACAUCAAGAAUAACAUGAAUCGAUAUCUCCUCCCGUCCCUGUUCAAGGCUUUCCCCGGAACGCUCCCCGCUCUUCUGGCAGCUCUCGCAGCGGCGGAUGACGACGAGACCUUCACGUCCUGGGUGUCUGUCGCUUCGCUGGGCGUCUCGCUUGGCUUACUGGAGCUGGACCAAGUCCCCGCAAAGGACCUGCGCGACGCGCUGAGUCAUGAAGACGCCGCCGUGCGACUGAAGGCGUUCGACGUGGUCACCGGGUGCAAGGACAGCUGCAAGCUGCUGACCGAGGGGGUUAUUACUUUGGUGAAGGAGGCGCUGCUGGUCAACGCAAUCUUGCCAGGAUCAGGAGCACGUUCAGACUUUGCCUCCGCCGCCUUUGUCUUCUUCACCAACCUGAGGCAAGCCGGCACAUUCGCUCGGCGGAAGCUUCGCAAGCCUAACGCAGACACUUCGGCCACAAGUCCUGAAGCGAUAUCCCUUGAGAUCCUGCGGAAGUUCCAUUUAUGGUUCAUCCAGGACUUGAUCGAUCCUGCCCUCGUCAGCGCCCGGCGGAUCCCGGUGUACCGUCCUCUCUUCGCGCUUCAGAUGCUGGAACAGGACGUGGUGUAUACGGACAGGAUGGUGAAGCUCUUGAUUGGGUGUCAAGCCAGCGAGUUUACCGAAGUUCGCGGAAGGGCAAGAACAAUACUCAAGUCGGCGCCUUCUCCUCUCCCAGGCUAUCCAUCCCUCGACAGUCCAAACGCCCGCGCCCUUCUCCACUCCGCGUACUCAUCCUUCUCCAACCCCCGUCGGACGCAGAACGACGCGGCCGUCGCUGGACUCUGUAUUCUCUUCGAGAAGGUUCUCAUACCAUCAGAUACUGCGGAUGGGAAGGCGAUACUCGCCUUUGUGGGCGGCGUGAUCGAUCAGCUGGAAGCGGAGCUGGUGAGAGGGGAAGAGGGGAUCAAGCACGGGAUGGAUGAUUUGGCGUUACAUGGGCUGAUUGCUGCUGCUAGAGCGUUGAUUGGCUGUGUCGAUUUGCAUGACCCAUCUGCUCAACAGGCAUGGCGACCAUCAAUGCACCGCCUCUCCGGUCUGAUCAGUCGGAUCUGGCAGCUCACGCGGACGAUCAUGUCCUUGUCAUCCUCUGCCCCCGGCGAAGGCGCUCCUAACUCGGAUGCUGGACCAGCACAUGAGAUUGCCAAGGCGUAUCAGAUGCUCUCGAAUGGGCAGGACGAGGAGGAUGACGGCGAGGUGGAUACGAGGAAGAUUCUGUCGGCUUGUUGGAGAGCUACCAAGGAAGCAUCCGAUCUACUAUCUCUCAUCAUCGCUCAGCCUAUAUCGCAGGGUGGCGACACUCAAGCGGUAUGGGCUAAGGAGGAAGUCCACCAGGCCGGUCGGCAGUAUCUCCAGUGGAUGCACGAGAUCCGGCAUCGCGGAACAUUCUCCAAGGUCGCUCUGGCGUUCGCGUCUGUUAUUGACGCCGUCAAGACGUCGGAGUCUCUGCGCGAUCUGGCUGAUCAAUGGCUUGAGCUCGAGCUAGAAGCCAUUACGGACGACACGCUGUCUACUACCCGCAGAUCCGCCGCCCUCCCUUACUCCCUCUUGUCGAUUGUCGCGGGAGACGAGAUACUCCUCAACAAGGCAAUCGAUCGACUCAUCGACCUUGCCCGGCUCGACAACUCGUCCACUUCCGACAUCACCCGCGUGCACUGUUUCAACAUUCUCAAGAUUGUUCUUCUGGACGCGAGGCAGACUCGGUUGUUCAACAAUUACUUUGAGAGGACAGUGAUGACUGCAGUAGCUGCGUUCUCUUCCGCCAACUGGAACGUCCGAAAUGUCGGCCUCAUCCUAUUCUCCACCCUAGUCCACCGCUCCCUCACCCCCUCGCGCGGCAGCCCCGAUUUCCACGCGUCCCGUAUGACCCUCGCCGGCCGGCAGACAUUUGCCGCAUGGCACGCCAAGCACCCCAAGCUGCUCCCGUACAUCGUACGAUAUCUCAGCGGGGAGAUGCCAGGCUUGCCGAGCGCAGGGGAACACUCGCCGUUGUUCCCCAUGUUGAUCAUUAUUCGGAGUUUGAGGUGGAGUGAGAAGGGCGGGGAGGUUCAGGAGGGUUUAAAGGGGGUGGUGAGGCCGCACUUGGGCAGCCCUGAGCGACAGGUACGGGAAGUCGCGGCUCAAGCGCUGUCGUCUCUCCUCUCACCGGCCGAAGCGCUUCACGAGGCCACCCAGUGGCCCUGGUUGGACCCUCGUGAUUUCAACGCAAUCCACGGUCAGCUCGUAUACGUCCGGAAUCUGAUUUCGAGCGUCGUCGAAUGGACUACCGCCUCCGCCGAGGAAGUAUCGGCGGUUGAAUCGCUCCUCCGCUUCAGGUACGACUUGUAUACCAAGCUGCCUUGUCCGCCUAUCCUCACCGAGCUGCUUCACUGCAUCUCCAGGUAUAUUAUUAACACCACGCCAUCCCCCGAUUUCAUUGACUGGCCGGGUACCUCGGCUAUAUCUAUCAUCUCAGCACCGCGCUCGCCUCUCCCCGGUGCCGAUGCCCUCCUCGUAGCCGCGGCCGACCUGGCGCUAUCGCACCAGCCAAGCGAAGCUGCUACCCUCGCGAUCCUGGCAAGCUCAUCUGAAUCGUGCCGUCUCGUAGGCCUGGAACGCCUAUCCACCCCAUCCAGCUCGCGCACAGCCGCAGUCUUCGAACGCGUAGCUGAGGUCGUCAUAUCGGAGAGGAUUAGUAAUGCUAUCCGGCCCGCCGCGCUCGAAGCGCUGUCUCAUUCGGAAGGAGAGUCAUGGCCGGCAACCGUCCUGGAGGGUAUACCCUCUUCGCGCCGACUCGACCUGCGGGACGCAGUCGUCGGGCUGCUCUCAGCCAGGUGCAUUCCUCUGCGAGAGGCUGCACUGCCAGCUGCAGCGUGGGCAGUGAUGUGGUGUAGGGAGCAGAGUGGUGGAGGCGAUGCAGACAAUGGGCUGGAGAGGCUAGCUAGGGUGAUUCUGAACGCUUCGCAGGAAACACAGUCUCAACCCCGCCGAGAAGUAGCCAUCACAUCCCUCAUUCACCUCCAACCCAUCCUCUUCCCUUCCACUCCGUCCACCGAAAUCAGCUCCAACAUCCUCCUACUCCUCCAUCAGGCCCUCCUCCGCCUACUUCAAGACGACGACGAGGACGUCCGGCUCAUAGCGGCCGAUCUCGUCCGCAACGGUCUGGGCUUCUCACGAGCCAUCACCCACUCCCGUGCCGUGGAGGCAUGGUGGGCUUGGCUAGGCGGGUAUCUGGACAUGGUGGAAGUGAGGGCGCCGUGGGUGCGGUGGUGGGGGGAGUUGGCGGUGAAUAGGGCUGAUCUCGAUGAGGACCUAGCCAUCCUGCAGCCUGCAAAGACGGAUCAUCGUGCCUUCACCUCGGCCGACCUGUUCGCGCAGGAAAAGCCGAAUCUGUUUCGCGAUCCGCUUAAUGAUGCCCAACACGCGUCUCAUCUACUCGAACGACUGCGGCAAAGCGGAGGCGACCGUUCCUCAGGCUCAGCGGAUGCCUCGAGUGUGGCGGACGGAGCAGGUCUCGUCGAGGAGGUCAGGAGAUUUGAGAAGGCGGGGGCAGAGAGGGCAGGGGAGAUCAGCCCGAUUGAUGAUGCUUGGCGGGUGAUGGGGAUAUUGCCGGCCUAUCUGGAGGUUUUGGAGAGAGCAUUCCCUCCGUCUACGAGUCAGUAG